GUCAGUCACUCGUAUAGGAAGUUACAAGCAGCACCGCUGUGUUCAUAUGAGAUGUUUUCCCAAGACGUGAUCGAUGAAGACGUGUUUCUGAAAAUGGUUUAAAGUCUGGACGUCAGGUCUAGUGUGUGAGAGAGAGGCCUGUACGACCGACUUGCGAAUUCACUUAUAUCCCUUUGAUGGAGGAAAAAAAGUCUGUGAUUGCAACUCUGCGCCAAAAAGCCAAACUCUUGCGAUCAUCUUCACGGGUUAGCAGUGAGAAAAACCCAAACAAGCCGGACGUGAGGGAGGAGCGUCUGUUGGACCAGCGGAUAAAAACCGAUGUCCCUCAGAAGGGUCGGUUGUCCUCCCCCUUAAGCCACUCCUUCCGUCUGAAAUCCUCACCCUUAAGCCAACCACGCAAGCAGACUGCCAACCUCGGGGCUUUCUCCGCAUGCUACAGCAGCCCAACCACCCCUCCCAACAUGAAAGUGCACAGAAGAGGGGCCGUCACAGGGAUUACCGAUUCGCUGAACAUGCUGGUGGACUCCACGAGCUGGCCGUCGCAGGACUCACUCUCUGAUAGUACACAUGAGGAGCAGGACUUCUAUGAGGCUACAGAAGAGAUGGUGCAGGAACUAAAACCAGAGGACACACAAGAUCCUUCUUCAGGAAGUGUGACAGAGAUUGUGGACAUGAGGCCGGGGACGCCUGUUGUGGGUGAGAAUCAGCGAGAGCGUCAGAGAUCGUACCUGCUCACCAUAUGCCUAAAAGAGGGACGUGGUCUGGUCAUACGAGAUCGAUGUGGCACAAGUGAUCCAUACGUGAAAUUCAAACUGGAUGGAAAAACCAUUUACAAAAGUAAAGUGGUUUAUAAGAAUCUGAACCCUGUCUGGAAUGAAACCUUCUCUUUCCCAAUCCGCAACCUGGACCAGAAACUCUUUACCAAGGUUUAUGAUCGAGAUCUCACCUUGGAUGAUUUCAUGGGCUCCUGUGCUGUUGUCCUCAGUGAUCUAGAACUUGAUAAGAGCCAUGAAAUGGUGCUGCGGCUGGACGACCCCAACAGCCUGGAGGACGAUAUGGGUGUGAUCGUCAUUGACAUCUGUUUAUCCGUGAGAGACGGCAAAAACAAAAAAAAUAGGUGGGCCCAGAGGAAAAGAAGAAGUUUUACGGGAAGUUCAACAGAACAUAACAGACGUCUCACAGAGUCCAUGAAGAAAAGUCAGCUGUGGACCGGGGUCUUCACCAUCACGCUCGUGGAGGGUCGGGACUUUCCAGUGGACGGACAGGGUGACAUGUUUGUUCGCUUCAGACUGGGCGAUCAAAAAUAUAAAAGCAAGAGCCAAGUUAAGAAGGUUAACAUACAGUGGAGAGAGAGGUUUGACUUUAACCAGUUUCCUGAUGGAUCAAACCUCCUGGAGAUUGAAGUCUUGGGAAAAGGAGGACGGAAAUAUGAGGAAUGUUAUGGACAGUGUGAGGUUCCAUUGUCUGGGUUGCCGUUGAACAAACCGACUCUGUUUACACCAGAACUGGAUCCAUGUAAAGGGAAGGUUGUGUUUCUGGUCACACCAACACCCUGCACUGGAGCUUCGAUCACAGACCUCAUCGCUGCACCGCUGGAUGAACCUCACGAGAGAGAUAACAUGCGCCUCAAAUACGGUUUCAGGAACUGUUUGAAGGACAUGAAAGAUGUUGGUUUCCUUCAGGUCAAAGUCAUCAAGGCCACUGACCUCAUGGCUGCUGAUCUGAAUGGAAAGAGCGAUCCGUUUUGUGUCCUGGAAUUGGGAAACAACAGGAUGCAGACUCACACCAUCUACAAAACGCUCAACCCAGAGUGGAAUAAAGUCUUCACUUUCCCAAUAAAAGACAUUCAUGAGGUUUUGGAAAUAACCGUGUUUGAUGAAGACGGAGACAAAGCUCCAGAUUUCUUGGGGAAGGUGGCCGUUCCUUUACUCUCUGUACAUAAUGGCCAGCAGGUUGCUUGUGCUCUGAGGAAAGAGAAUUUAGGAGGAUUGUCCAAAGGAACCAUUUUAUUGGAGCUUGAAGUUAUCUUCAAUUCUGUGAAAGCAAGCAUCAGGACGUUCACACCCAGAGAACAGAAGUUCCUUGAGGACAAUGCCAAGUUUUCUAAGAAGGUUCUUGCAAGGAAUGUUGUUCGCGUGAGGAAUCUUUAUCGUGCCGUGUGCCGUGUAAACCAGUUCAUCAAAAGCUGCUUUCAGUGGGAAAGUGUUCAGAGGAGCAUCAUAGCAUUUCUGGUUUUUAUUCUUAUGGUGUGGUAUUGGGAGUUUUAUAUGUUACCUCUGUUCAUGGUUGUGCUGAUAGCGUGGAACUAUCUUCAGAUCGCUUCAGAGAGAGUCAGCAGAGAUCUGGACACUAUGGAGAUGUAUGAAGAAGAAGAGGAAGAUGAGAAGGAGUCUGAAAAGAAAGGUAUUAUGGAGAAGAUUCACAUGGUUCAGGAGAUUGUCAUUGCGGUCCAGAACCUUCUGGAGGAGAUUGCGUGCUUUGGUGAAAGAAUAAAGAAUACGUUUAACUGGUCUGUGCCAUUCCUAUCUAAUCUGGCCUUUCUGGUUCUCAUCAUGGCCACAAUCAUCACCUAUUUUAUCCCAAUACGCUACAUUGUUUUAUUAUGGGGUAUUCAUAAAUUCACAAAGAAACUGCGAAAUCCAUACGCCAUUGAAAACAAUGAGGUGAUGGAUUUUCUCUCCAGAGUGCCUUCAGAUGUCCAAAUGGCACAGUACACAGAGCUCAGCAGUUGUAGUGUUCACACUCCUUACAGGAGAAGAAAAGCGUCUCCAUAGAGAAUCAUGAGAAGAUUUCUUGUGAAGAACAGUUCAGAUUGUGUUAAUCUGUGUAUUUUAAUAUAAAUGCGUGCUGUACUAAAGGUCUGUAGAUCAUGAGAUGAUAGCAGUAUUACUGCUGGAUUGUGUUGAAUAAACCUACAGAUACAAUAGUAACUCGUGUAAUGUACAGUACAGCUCUGAUACAGUCAAGAGUUAAACAAACAUACAGUAACUGCAAUGCACGUUUACACUUUAACACAUUGAAAUAAAGUUUUACACCAGCAUCCAUUCAUAGAUUCUGCAAUAUAAUGUUUAGGAGUACAAUAAAGUGCAAUGAUUUGCUAUUUUUUAUAUAUAUUAUUUUGUUUUAUCAGAUUGUACAGUAAGUUUUAUAAAGGUAAACACUGGUUUGUAAAAUCACAUUGUUGCCACAUUUCGGUGAAUGAAUUUGAAAACAGAAUUGAAUUCUGUGUGACAGAUUUGUAAAGUGUAUUUUAUGUAAAUUAUUUAUGUUUAUAAUACAGUGAGUGCAUGAGAAGUGCCUUUGACAAACUCUAGGUGAUAAAAAUAAAAUGAUUACAGUUCUCCUCAUGUGUAUAUAAAUGUAUCAUUUAAUGCAAUGUAAAAUACUACUGUAGAUACAUAAUCAGUUACUGUAAAUACAAAUAAAAAUUAUGCACCUCUAAUU